UCGCGGCAAAACGGAUCUACGGAAGAUAAGGAACGUCUUCGACCGCAGCCGACGUCGAAUUUAGGAAGAUAAGAAGGAGGCUGGAUUGUGCGGCGCUUCCUUUUACGGUGUUUACAGCACGUGAACAUGAAGCUUGCUUUGCUGGCGCUCUGCACGCUGUGCAACGGCGCUAAAAGCUGGUUCGGAGCCUCCAUGCGAAGCCUCUACAACGGGCCGGACAGCGUCCGCAGAGCGGCUCCGCAGCUGGACGACGACGUAGGCGAACCCCUCUUCCUGACUCCGCUCAUCGAGGCGGGCCUGCUGAGUGAGGCGCGAUACCUCAGCCGCGUCGGUUCACUCGGAGACGUGCACUACUUUCCAAGUCACUCAGGAUUCCUUACGGCCAACAAGACAUACAACAGUAACCUGUUCUUUUGGUUCUUCCCGGCCGAGGAGUACCCAGAAAAGGCACCCGUGGUUCUAUGGCUUCAAGGCGGACCGGGUGCUUCCUCACUGUUUGGACUGUUCGUGGAGCAUGGGCCGUAUCUGGUGGCUAAGGGUGGCGUACCAGAGUUUCGCAACACCACGUGGGCUAAACGUUACUCCAUGCUGUACAUCGACAACCCGGUCGGGGCCGGCUUCAGCUUCACCCAGGACGACAACGGUUACGCUCGCAAUGAGGACGACGUCGGCCGGGACCUGCACGAGGCCCUGCAGCAGUUCUUCACGCUCUUCGACGAGUACGCAACUAAUGACUUCUACGCAACAGGAGAAUCGUACGCAGGUAAAUACGUGCCGGCCAUCGCGCACGCCAUUGACACAGCCGUGGCACCCAGAGUCAAGAUCAACUUGCGUGGUGUUGCCAUAGGAGCCGGAAUGGUCGAUCCGGAGACCAUGCUCGAUUUCUCCGGCUUGCUCUACCAGGUCGGCCUCGCAGACCGACGACAAGCCGACUACAUUCGCGCCGAGACUAUCCAAAUCACCAACUACAUCAAGCAGGGACGCUACCUGGACGCGCUUUUUAUCUUCGACAAGUUAAUAACCAUCGACACUCUCUACCAGCCAUCGUACUUCAAGAACAUAACCGGUUCAGACUCGAACUAUAACUUCCUGUUGUCCAAGAAUCCCGAGUUCUUCACCUAUUACCAAGCAUUCGUGGACUCGCCGGAAAUUUGCAAGGUCAUUCACGUGGGGAACCUGACCUUCAACAACGGUGAAGCCACCGAGAAGCAUCUUCGGGAGGACAUCAUGCAGUCCGUCAAGCCGUGGCUCGCCUCCCUCAUGGACAAGCAGUACAAGGUGCUCAUAUACAACGGCCAGCUGGACAUCAUCUCGUACCCACAGAUGGACAACUUCGUCAGCAGCAUUCCGUGGUCGGGCAAGGAAGCUUUCGAUAAGGCGGAACGUAAGAUUUGGAGGAGAUCAGACGGAAACGGUGUCGCAGGUUACGUUCACAAAGUAGCAAACUUCACGCAGGUUCUUGUUAGGAACGCCGGUCACAUCUUUCCCUACGACCAGCCUGAGGUUGCGCUCGACCUCAUCACACGAUUUAUCGAUGAUAAGCCAUUCGAAGUGUGAGAUAUACGUAGCAUGAAGAAUAGGAGGAACGGCAUAUUUAUUUGGUUAUGUGGUAAAUAAAUAAAGUGGAAAGUGAAUUGGGUAAGUGAGCUAAAUAUAACGUCAGUAGCGAUGCUCAAUAAAGUCGAAAACUCGUUUUCAGUACGUCUGCUCAAUUUGCAUGAAAGCUCACUGAUGUGAAUGUAUUUAUAUACAUUCAAUUCUUCCACAUAUCGCGAGUCCAAAUGAGCACUCGCCACCUAGCUGCUGCACCUGAAAACACCGCUAACAUGCAGGGUCAACCUUGAAGGGAGAUAUGUUAUGACGUUGCGCUUAAUAAGCUGCCGCAUAGUUCCUUUUUUUUCACAAUGCCGCACGUGCGAGCCCUAAAAAGAAGACAGCGAUAUCUAAAGACCAUUGCAGCGAGCCUCAGUGCGUGUCAUUGCGCUGGAAAGGUGGCCACGUGUCGUUUUAUCACUUCCUGAAGGAUGCAGACAACGCGCGAGGGAGAACAAUGCCAAUCCGAUAUUUAUGCAUUGCAAAAGAAGGUGAAGGACACCACGGCUGUUUGUUUUAAUCGAUUCACUCGCGUUGACUUAACUCUCCUUGGUGAAUACACAAUUAUAUAUCG